UCCCCCAUAUUGUAAUAUCCAGGCUGACAUCUGGUCACUAGGGAUCGCAGCCAUUGAAAUGGCGGAAGGACAUCUCCCAUUCAGCAAACUUCCCAAGCAGAAGCUGAUCCAGAAAAUAACAACCGGUCCCAUUCCAUCAUUACCAUCACGGGGCAAUUGGAGUGACGAGUUCCGCUUCUUUAUCAGCGAGUGCCUGCAGAGAGACCCAGGCAGAAGACCAUCUGCAAGGCAGCUCCUCACGCACCCUUUCAUUGCCGAGCUCCGGGGUGAAAGGGGGGUGCAGAGGAAUAUCGCCCAACACCUGCACAGAGGUAGGGGAACUGCUCAUUCUCAUUAUAGUUCAUGUGAUGCACAGACUGUAACCAUUUACUGUUCCCAUUCCUACAAUAUUCUCCUGCUUUCCUACAUACAAUAUCAUUCUAUAACUAAAGCCACCAAGAAUAAAGACUAAGAUUGGAUUAGGGCAGAGCUCACUAAACUGGGCUAAAUCUACAGGAGAGACAAACAUCUGAGAGGGGAGAACAUGUUAUUAUUAGACAGUUGUAGUUGGCCUUUAAAUUAGCAGCAAAAGGGAACGUGAUAUAAAACCUGCAUAUAAAUGCAAAGAGUAAAAAGGAACAAAUUGCAGAAUUAUUAUAUACUCACCUACUCCAUGGAUAACACUGAACAAUCUCUCCUUAGGAACGAAGCACUGAAACGAGAACAACGAGGCAGCCAUCGGGGGAGGGUCGGGGGCAUAAAUAGGGGGCCU